UGCCAUUGAUUUUGAAGUUUGCGAUUUUAGGUUAUUUCUAAUUAUUAUCUAUGAUGAAUUUGUUCUAAUUAAAAGACAAUAAAUAAAUUUAAUCAGUAACUACUCUGUUUUGAAGGGCUAUAAUGGCUUUGAAUAAAUUAUUUGCUAGCCUAACUAUAUCCUCCAACUUUAUUAGCAGAAGAGCCAUUCAUGUAUCUGCUAUAAAUUGUGCUAGCAAACCUGAUGUCAUAAAACCUAAACCUGGAUUUGGUAAAAGUUUCCGUCGUAUUGUACAUUUCCCAGACAAGUAUACAGUGAAACCUUUAGAAGUUACAAAUCUUGCGGGCAGAGAUCCUGUAACUGGGCGUGUGGUAGCAAAAGGAAUAGGUGGCGGAAUAAAACACAAAUACCACUGGAUAGAUUGGCUGCGGGAUGGGCCCACUGAAGGGCCUCCUCAGGAAGAAAAAGUUAUACAGGUUAUGGAAGAUGGUUGCAGAACAGCACACAUAGCAUUGGUGGCAGUCGGCGACAAACUGAAGUACAUACUAGCGACUGAGAACAUGAAAGCUGGUGAUAUCUUGAGGACAUCUAGGUGCCUACCUAGAAUUCCAGUGAGAGCCAAUGAAGGUGAUGCGUAUGUUUUAGGAGCUUUACCAACUGGUACACAGGUUCACUGCAUUGAAAAGGAGCCAGGUUUCGGAGGUCUGUACAUCCAUGCGGCAGGCACAUUUGGAACGAUACUUAGGAAACAAGACGACAGAAUAGUGGUUCAAAUGCCUUCAAAGAGAACUUUCAGCUUUGAUCAAAUGUGCAUGGCUGUUGUUGGGCGGCUUUCAAACGUGGAUCACGGCGAUACUCCGAUCGGUUCGCCGCAAAGAAACCGCUGGCUCGGCAACCGACCUCGUUCGGGGCUGUGGAAACGCAAAGAUGGCCGCCACGGACGCAAGAUUCGGCCGCCGAAGCCGGUCAAGGAAAUUUUCUUCAAUAAAUCGCAAUUAUCCAAGCCUGUCCAGUUGACAAUGACGCCUUGAAUGUAGUAAUGUUUGUGAGAUUAUAGGAAUGUACAUAGUAA